AUGGGAAAUGCAUGUCGUUGUUAAUAAUAUACUUCUGAGAACAUGGAGCUCAUAUCAGGCAGGAAUGAGAACGUGAAUAAAAAAGGGGAAAGCAUCACUAUUCCUCAACAGAAUGGAACCACAGUGUCCAAAAAGACAACUCAUAAAUAAAAUGAUGAUGAUGGAGACGAAGAUUAACAGAUUUAAGAAGUGUAACAGAUUGAAGUACUCUCCUCCAUAUAUUUACCUUAGCUAAAACGUGGUGAUAAAAAGAAAUAGGCAAAGAUUAAUGCAGUCUCAGACACAGUGGAAAUAUUUGAAAACGUCAAGAAACUUGAUAAGAGAAAAUCCCCAUUCGACUAUUAGUUGAUGUUAAAUGCCUUCAAUGAGCAUUUCAUCUUUAAAUCUGUGCCUUAGAGUGAUAUAGAAUACGUGGUUGAUUAAAUGUUUUAUUGUACUGUCCCUGACGGUCAAUUUGUAUUCAAGCAAGGAGACAUGGCCAGUUCAUACUUUUUGAUUGAGAGAGGACAGUGUCAAAUCAUAAUUAAUGGUGAACUCAAAAAAACUCUUAAAAGUGGAGAUGCUUUUGGUGAGUUGGCCAUGCUCUACAAUGCACCCAGGAGUGCUAGUGUCAAAGCCAUAGGAGGUACAUACUUUCACCAAUUAACUAGAUUGUGCAUUCUGGGCCAUAGAUCGAAACACUUUUAGGAAGGUGGUCGAGUAACAGAAUCAGAGAAGUUAUGAAGAAAAUAGAGAAUUCAUGAAAAAAGUUGAAUUUUUUUGUAAUAAUGAUGAAUUAAUAUUAAAGCCUUUUUAACCGAAGAAUAAAGAGACGCAAUCUCUAGUGUUUUAAUUACUUCUGUUUUUAAGAAGGGAGAAAUCAUAGUGUCUGAAGGUGAUGUGGCCAACUCAUUUUAUAUAAUCAAAAAGGGAAAGGUGGCCAUCAUCAAGGGAGACAAAGAAGUAUCUUAGAUGAGUGCUGGAGAAUCCUUUGGUGAAGCUGCCUUGUAUUAAAGUUGUUAAAGAGCUGCUACUGUUAAGGCAGCUGAGGAAGAAGUGAGAUGUCUCUCCUUGUCAAAGGAUGACAUCCAGAGAAUAUUGGGUUAAAAAAUAUAGACUGUUAAGUAUAUUAACACUUAAAAAUGGGCCUUGUAACAGAGUCCUUUGUUGGGAAAGCUAACUUCAAUUCAGAUUGAGAAGAUUCUCUAAAACAUUAGACAGGUGCAUUAUGAGAAGAAUGAAAUGAUUAUUAAAGCAGGACAGCCUUGCACUAAGGUUUAUAUAAUCUUAGAAGGAGAAAUAGCGACAGUAACACUUUAUUUCGUAAUUAUAAGGUCUAUAGAUUCCCUCAAAAAAAUUAGUAUUGGGUAAAGGCAAAAUCUUUGGAGAAUAGUUUUUGAAAUCCUAGGGUUAAGACAAUAAACUCACUGAAACAAUUUAAGUCUAAACUGAUGAAUCUAUCAUUGCAGAAUUUGAAAUUAAAAUGUUCUUCGAUAUGAUCGGAGGUAGUGUAGAGUAGAUGAUCUAAAAGAAUGAAAAUUCACACGAAUAAAAGUAUCUAAAUAGGACUAAUGUAUAUUAAAAGAAGGAUUAUUCAAAUUUAAAAUUAGAUAAUUUGAUUUGCAUCAAGAAAUUAGGAUAGGGAUAAUUUGGAAAUGUCUAUUUGGUGAGAACAGCAUAAGAUGAAAAAUUAUACGCUUUGAAAUGUAUUAGCAAGGCUCAGAUUGUUGAACAACAUCUAGAAAGGCAUUUAGCUGUAAUGAAACUGUUAUAUAAAAUUAGUAAGAAAAACAAGUUUUGUCAACCAUCAACUUCCCAUUCUUGAUGCAAUUUUACAAAAGUAUGAAGGAUCAGAAUUACAUUUAUUUCUUGGUAGAAUUUAUUAAGGGAAUGGAACUUUUUGAUGCCAUCAGAGAAAUAGGAUUGCUGACUACGAGUGAUUCCCAAUUUUAUAUUGGGUCAUUAUUGAUAUGCGUAGAAUAUUUGCAUAAAUUAUAAAUUAUUUACAGAGAUAUCAAACCAGAAAAUAUUAUGGUUGAUGAGAAGGUAUCCAAUUAAUUAUCAACCAAUAGGGUUAUCUAAGAAUGAUCGAUAUGGGAACAGCAAAGUUUUUGAAUUAGAAAUCAAUUAGAACAUAUACUAUUAUUGGAACUCCACAUUAUAUGGCUCCAGAAAUUAUUACAGGCAAGGGAUAUACAUUUUCUGUUGAUCUUUGGUCCAUCGGAGUGUGCUUGUAUGAAUUCAUGUGUGGUGGAGUCCCGUAUGCAGAGGAUGCUGACGAUCCUUAUGAAAUUUAUGAAGAAAUUCAAAAAAAGACAAUUACAUUCCCAACUUUUAUGAAGGAUAAGAAAGCUAAGAAAUUUAUAGAACAAUUGCUAUCAAAAACACCAGAAGCCCGUUUAGGUGGAGGCUAUGCUUCUCUUAAGGCCAAUACUUGGUUUGAUAAAUUUGACUGGGUACUUUUGAUUUAUAUUGACUUAGGACAAAUUAAUGGAUAAAGAACUCAAGCCUCCUUUCUUACCCAAGAAAUCUAGGAUGAUUCAAGAGAAAGAUAUCCAGUCUGCUGUUAUUCAUAAUAAAUUGGCAUCAAAGGAAAUCAAUUCAAUAGGUGUACCCUAUAAAAAGGAAAAAGCAAGAGAUUAAAAUUGGGAUUCAAAUUAUUGA